UGUCGACAUGAAACCAUUCCAGCAGCUCUGGUCCUCGGGGUCGGCAUAUCCGGAUCUUGCAGUCUGCGCUGGGUGCGCUGGCAGUGGCGCGCGGCGUGUCAUAGGCCCGGAGCCACGUGAGCGAUCGGUAAUAUGGACAUAGUACCCCACACUUGGAGCUCGCCGUUAUAUUGACUCCGCUUCUAUCCUUAACCCGUCUUUUUUUUCUCUUCCUUACAACCACUACUACCACCACUUUCUUCUCUUAUUUUUUUUCUUUCUUUCAUGGCUGCCCGCCUGCUCAUCAAGGCCCCGCCUGCCCUUCGUUGUCUCAAGUCCAGUCCUUCCGCGAUACGAUGGGCGAGCACUGCGACCAAAAACCCCAGGACCUUGCCGGCCUUUUCUAUGGAGGGGAAAGUUUGCAUGGUCACUGGUGCAGCUCGCGGAUUGGGCUAUGAAUUCUGCCGCGCCUUCGUGCAAUCGGGCUGUACGUCCGUCGCGAUUGUCGAUUUAAAAGCAGCCGAGGCUAAGGGCGCCGCCGAAGAGCUCGCCACUUAUGCUUGUGCUUCGGGUGACGUGAAACCAGAGGACCUCAAAUUUAUCGGAGUCGAGUGUGAUGUCUCAUCUGAAAUUUCUGUCCAAAAGGCUUUCUCCGAGGUAAUGAACACCUUUGGUCGGCUAGACUCGGUCGUCGCCUCUGCAGGAAUUGUUGAGAAUUACUCUGCCUUCGAUUACCCCUUUGAUCGUAUAAAGCGUUUGUACGAUAUCAAUGUCCACGGAGCUUUCUUCACGGCGCGUGAAGCCGCCCGUAACAUGAUCCCGCAGGGCGGCGGGUCCAUCGUUCUCGUGGCCAGUAUGAGUGCCAGCAUUGUGAACAUUCCCCAGCCCCAAACGCCAUAUAAUGCGUCCAAAGCUGCUGUCAAACAUAUGACCUCGAGUUUGGCUGUUGAAUGGGCAAAGAAGAACGUAAGGGUUAACUGUCUUAGUCCCGGUUAUAUGGCCACCAAGCUGACGCGGACCAUCCUGGAUCAUGACCAAGCGUUAAAGAAAACAUGGGAGAGUUUGACGCCUAUGGGCCGGAUUGGUGACCCCGAAGAUCUUUCGGGUGCGAUUGUCUACCUGUCUAGCGACGCGUCAAAGUUUAUGACCGGCUCGGAAAUUCGCGUAGACGGCGGAUACUGCAUUAUUUAGAGUGAUUUCUUGGGUAUACCCAAUUCAGACGAGCGUACAGACAUCGAACUUUUUUUUUUUCCAUCCAACAUAGAGGUAUUUUACUGGGCGUCAUUUGCUUAUCUUUCUUUAUUGAAGUCGUUACUCUUGCUCUCAAUCUGUAUUUUUGGUAUUCUACUUUUUUGGUUUUUUUGAGGUAUACAUUGGGUUUCAUUGACGCUCAGUGACCACACAAGUGA